AUGGAGGAAGAUCCCAUUAGCCAUCCGGAUGCGGGCUUAGGGAGUGGAGCGGAAUUGAAUGAGUCUGUCAACCACCUUAGCUCAGAUGAAGAUCUUCUCUCGCCUUGUCAAUCACCGAAGGCCCCUCCAGAUCUAUCGCCGAAGGCUCCUCCAACGAAAAACAUGGAGGAGAACACCCAGGACAAGCCGCUCGUGCUUCCUCCUGACCCACCUCCUCCCGGCGGCUCGAGCGGCUCCCUCUCGAGCCGUCGCAAGCCUCCGAAAGGAGGUUGCUGGAAUAUUAGAGGUAUGGUUGAUUCGACUAGACAAGCGGAGAUUCGUAAUUUUAUUACUUCGAACCACUUGUGCUGUGUUGGUUUGGUGGAAAUUAAGGUGCCACAGGAUCGCUUUAACUCCAUUUCCGAAGAUCUAUUGAGAGGUUGGUGUUGGACUGCAAACUAUGACUUCUUCCCCAGGGGUAGAAUUUGGGUCGGAUGGGACCCCAUGAGAGUCAAGUUUGAAACCUUCUCUCUUUCCAAGCAGGCAAUUCAUGGGAACCUUGAGACCCUAGACUCUGGGGUGGCUUGCUGUGUUUCUUUUGUUUAUGGAGAUCACUCCUUUUCCCUGAGGAGACCGCUGUGGGAAGACAUCAUCAUGAAAAGCACCCAUCUCCGAGACACUCCUUGGCUUGUCUUGGGGGACUUCAAUGCUAUUAAGGAUCCAUCGGACCGGGUCGGUGGCUCCGAAGAUUGGCUCCCUUGUUUCAAUGAGUUUGGACAGUGCUUGGAGCAAGCUGAGCUAGAAGACUUGAGGUUCGUUGGGUUUAGAUACACUUGGACUACGUCUUCAGGGCAUACUAGGAAAGCAAGGAAGAUUGACGGGGUUCUAGUGAAUGCAAAGUGGAGCUUGGAUCUAUCUUACUCUGAAGCCUCCUUCCUUCCUCCUGGAAUCUCAGACCACUCGCCUAUGGUGGUGAAGAUUCUUAAUCCGACUCAUACAAGGAAGCCCUUCAAGUUCUUCGACUUCUGGAUGAAGCACCCGGAGUUCAAAGAAAUUGUCUCACAAGUGUGGAAUGAGCCGGGGAAUGGUUUCCCUAUGUACAAGCUUGUCUCUAAACUCAAGGCUCUCAAAUGUCGGCUUAAGCAACUCAACAGAGAUUCCUUCUCUAAUAUAUCUGCUAGAACUCUUGAUGCGCGGAAGAUGAUGGAGGCCACCCAAGCAGAAUUACAACUAAAUCCCUUUUCUACCGACCUUGCUGAAGUGGAGAAAAGCCAAAGAUGUAUCUUUGCGAGCUGCGCUCUCGGAAGAGUCCUUCUACAGCAAAAGUCCGGGGUUAGAUGGCUCAAGGAGGGAGACCGAAAUACCAAAUUCUUCCAUCAAUAUGUCAACAAAAGACAGUUGAGGAACAGAGUCCUAUCCGUCCUCGACUCUUCGGGGAACAUACUGACGGAGCCACACCUGGUGCAACGAAGGUUUGUAGAGUUCUUUGAGGACCUCUUGAUGCCACAAGAGGAGAUUAUUAGACCUUCGUUAGAGGACUUGAGAGAGGUUAUCCAACAUCCACUUUCGAUUGAUCAGGCUGCUCUUCUUGCUCAACCCGAUUCGAGAGAUAGAGAUCCGGAACACUAUCUUCUCUUUGCCCAAGAAAAAGGCUCCCGGGCCGGAUGGUUUCACGGCGGAGUUUUCAAAGAAAACGGGACACGGUAG